CAUGCCGUUUGCAACAGACCAACUACACCAACCGUGAUUCAGUGACUUUUCAUACCCACGCCAUCAAUGGAUCUGGAUUUUGGCGUUAUGUCUAGAGUGUUCAUGAACACGUGGAUCGAACCGGAUGCCAUCGUAAGCGCUGAGAGCUACGAGAAGUUCGGACUCAACGACAGACGGCGUGACACCAAUCUCAGAGUCCUAGCUCACAUAAAUCAUGGCGAUAUGACCCAAGAUGCCAUAUAUAGGAGAUAUACAAAGCACGUUACAAGAUACUUUGUAGGUCAUGAAGAGGAUAUAAGACAAUAUUUCUACCAACUAUGCGAUCCCAGAACUGGAUGCGGGUAAUCCCUUUUUUUUUUUUUUUCAUUUGGGGCCUCCUCGAUUUUUACGACUGACAGUCAAGCGUCAUACAGAUCUGUCGCAGAGCAAGUUCAUGCAUUUCUUCGAGGAAAGAUCGCCCGUCGGGUCCCCAGGACUUCCAGCGUUGUUGUUUGAUAUCUUUGUCUGGAAUGCCUUCUUCCCUUUCCCGCCAAUACAUGAUUCCUCUGGAGAGCUUUGUAUAGACGAAAUGGCCUUUACUCGUGCCGUAAGUGUGUUGGCGCAUAGCCACUUACAGUACCUCAGUUUAGACAACUAUCCACGCGUUGAGCACGACGGUAUGGACGGGAGCUGGGGACCAUAUUCCGGUCAGUUCGUUUUAAUUCGUCUUAGAGAUACCAGCGAUUACAUUAGAUGGUUGUUUCGAAGUCUCGCGAUCCCAAACGAUACAAUAUUAGGAUACGAGACGACCAUUCUGGUGCCUCGCUUCUUCAUGACCCAACAACGGCCGAACAUGCCGAGUCCUGAAGAAGACUUUGAGGAAGACUUCGGCCGCAGGACUGCAGAGCAGCAAGUCGUUAUCGUAGAGAAGGAGAGCGAGCGAACGGUAGAUAUCCAAGACGUCCUUUCGGAGUAUGCCCCGGGUAACGUCCCCUGGGCUCCUGAACAUUUUAGGGGAGUGGACCCGUUACGAGAAGGGUACAAACUUGCCUUGCCGCUUUUACCACAUCAUCCAUACGAUCUAACCGAUCUUCAUGUUCCGACCGCAAAGGUCCGAACCCUCCUUCAAAUGCUUGGCAAAAAUGGUACCGAGUUGAUGACCGCGACUGAGCGACUGGGUAAUGAAGGAUUGAGCUGGGAAGAGUUCCAGGAUGUGUUUAUUAGGCACGCGGAAACUAUAGCAUCUAACCUCAGUUUCACUUUCAAUAAUCUUACUAGGUUAUAUACCUGGUAAAGGUCCAUUAUUUGGGUCGAUAUCGAUAUCUUGAUAUUAUGAGUUCAAUUGUCUACCUAGGUAAGACGGGAGCAUUUUGGCGCGUUGAAUGAGAAAUUGUGUUAGUUUUCAAUUGAAGUACAGUACAAUACGUAUUUGUACAAUACGAUACGAUACAAUGUGAUACAAUACGUUAGGUAUUAAACCUUAUGUAAACCGUAUUGCACUUUUGAUUGAUUAAAUUGAUUAAACUGAAAUUGAAAUUGCCCCACCAAACGCGCAUCGGAACGCGUUCACGCGUCUUCAAUACUGUACCUU